UUCAAAAUAUUAGAAUUCCUUACCUCGAUUCCAUCCACCCAGUCAACGAGACCUCUGCUACCCACCGCCUCUUCUUCAACACCUUCCCCACCAUCUUCUCUGCAUCCCUUAAUGCAGUCUCCAACACAAAGGGAAUGGAGAAAGGAUCUUCCCUAACCAAAAGGUAAAAUAUGUGUUUCUCUUAGAAUCUAUAUACAAAGAAAUUUCUCAAAGAGGGUGUUUUUCUUUUCUUUUACGACUGCAGAUGAAGCUUUUCAGCUGAACCUCCCUCCCAGCUUGGAUUUUUGUUCAUGGUGAAGAGGUCUGGAGCCAAUAGUCAUUGAGCAUCCAAGGACCCUCCAAACUCCCUUGUAAUUUUGGUUCAAGCCAUCCAAAAAUGGCUUCUUCCAGCACCCAUAGAGCCUCUUCUUCGACUACUUCUAUUUCUCGUAAUUAUGAUGUGUUCUUGAGUUUUAGAGGUGGCGAUACUCGCAGAAAUUUCACUGAUCAUCUAUAUACAACAUUGACUGCAUCUGGAAUUCAAACUUUCAGAGAUGAUGAAGAACUUGAGAAAGGAGGAGAUAUUGCUUCUGAUCUCUUGAGAGCUAUAGAAGAAUCGACGUUUUUUAUUAUUAUUUUCUCAAAAAAUUAUGCUUACUCCAGAUGGUGUUUAAAUGAACUCGUAAAGAUCAUUGAACGCAAGAGCCAAAAGGAAUCAGUGGUUCUACCAAUCUUCUACCAUGUGGAUCCAUCUGAUGUACGAAACCAAAGGGGAAGUUUCGGAGACGCACUUGCCUACCAUGAAAGAGAUGCAAAUCAAAAAAAGAAGGAGAUGGUACAAAAGUGGAGGAUUGCCUUGACAAAAGCAGCUUGUCUAUCCGGAUGCCAUGUGGAUGACCAGUAUGAGACUGAGGUUGUCAAGGAAAUUGUUAAUACAAUCAUUAGAAGAUUAAACCGUCAACCUUUAAGUGUGGGAAAGAACAUAGUUGGAAUUAGUGUUCAUUUGGAAAAAUUGAAAUCGUUGAUGAACACUGAGUUAAAUAAGGUUAGAGUCAUAGGGAUAUGUGGAACUGGUGGGGUUGGUAAGACUACUAUCGCCAAGGCUAUUUAUAAUGAGAUCUCAUGUCAGUAUGAUGGUAGUAGCUUUCUUAGAAAUAUGAGAGAGAGAUCCAAAGGUGAUAUACUUCAAUUACAGCAGGAACUUCUUCAUGGUAUCCUAAGGGGAAAAUUUUUUGAGAUAAACACUGUUGAUGAAGGAAUUAGUAUGAUAAAGAGGUGUCUAAGCUCCAAUAGAGUUCUUAUUAUUUUUGAUGAUGUUGAUGAGUUGAAACAACUAGAAUAUUUGGCUGAAGAGAAGGAUUGGUUUCAGGCAAAAAGUACAAUCAUCAUUACAUCUAGAGACAAACAUGUGCUUGCUCGAUAUGGAGUGGAUAUACCAUAUGAGGUUUCAAAAUUAAACAAGGAAGAAGCUAUUGAGCUCUUUAGUUUGUGGGCCUUUAAACAAAAUCAUCCCAAAGAAGUUUAUAAAAACCUCUCAUACAAUAUCAUAGAUUAUGCUAAUGGCCUUCCGUUAGCACUUAAAGUUUUGGGUGCUUCUCUUUUUGGAAAGAAAAUAAGUGAAUGGGAAAGUGCAAUGUGUAAGCUAAAAAUAAUACCCCACAUGGAAAUUCACAAUGUACUUAGAAUAAGUUUUGAUGGACUCGAUGACGUAGACAAAGGGAUAUUUUUGGAUGUUGCAUGCUUUUUCAAAGGAGAUGACAAAUAUUUUGUUUCAAGAAUAUUGGGCCCUCAUGCAAAGCACGGAAUAACAACUCUAGAUGAUAGAUGUCUCAUAACUGUUUCAAAAAACAGGCUAGAUAUGCAUGAUUUAAUACAACAAAUGGGUUGGGAGAUUAUUCGUCAAGAAUGUCCUAAAGACCCUGGAAGAAGGAGUAGAUUGUGGGAUUCUAAUGCCUAUCAUGUGCUUAUAAGAAAUAUGGGGACACAAGCAAUUGAAGGACUAUUCCUAGAUAGAUGUAAAUUUAAUCCAUCACAACUUACCAUGGAAUCUUUCAAAGAGAUGAAUAAACUUAGAUUGCUCAAAAUCCAUAACCCGCGUAGAAAGCUAUUUCUUGAAAACCACCUUCCAAGGGACUUUGAAUUCUCUUCUUAUGAGUUAAGAUAUCUGCAUUGGGAUGGAUACCCUUUAGAAUCUUUGCCAAUGAAUUUUCAUGCAAAGAACCUUGUUGAACUCUCAUUAAGGGACAGCAAUAUAAAGCAAGUUUGGAGGAGGAAUAAGCUUCAUGACAAGUUGAGGGUUAUUGAUCUCAGUCACUCUGUCCAUCUCAUAAGAAUUCCAGACUUAUCAAGUGUGCCAAACUUGGAGAUUCUAACUCUAGAAGGGUGUGUAAACCUGGAGCUUCUUCCAAGAGGCAUUUACAAGUUGAAACACCUUCAAACUUUGUCUUGCAAUGGCUGUUCAAAGCUAGAGAGAUUUCCAGAAAUCAUGGCCAAUAUGAGAAAGCUAAGGGUGCUUGAUUUGAGUGGAACAGCUAUAAUGGACUUACCGUCAUCAAUUACACAUCUAAAUGGUCUUCAAACUCUCCUACUUCAAGAGUGUUCAAAGCUCCACCAAAUCCCUAGUCAUAUUUGCUAUUUAUCAUCAUUAAAGAAUCUAAAUCUGGAAGGGGGCCAUUUUAGUAGCAUACCUCCUACCAUCAAUCAGCUUUCCAGGCUGAAAGCCCUUAACCUUAGUCACUGCAACAAUCUUGAACAAAUUCCAGAGCUUCCAUCACGUCUGCAGCUUUUAGAUGCACAUGGUUCAAAUCACACUUCAUCAAGAGCCCCGUUUUUGCCAUUGCAUUCUCUGAUCAAUUGCUUCAGUUGGGCACAGGAUUCGCAACUCACUAGUUUUAGUGAUUCUUCCUACCAUGGCAAGGGAACUUGCAUUGUUCUUCCCGGAAGUGAUGGAAUUCCAGAAUGGAUUAUGGAUCGGAAAAAUAGACAUUUUAUAGUAACAGAGCUCCCUCAGAAUUGGCACCAAAAUAAUGAGUUUUUGGGAUUUGCUAUAUGCUGUGUUUAUGUUCCACUUGCUUCUGAAUCUGAGGACAUACCCAAAAAGGAAUCUGCACACGGGUCCAAGAAUGAAUCAGCCAAUAAAUCUGAGGAUGAAUCUGCUCAUACAUGGGAGAAUGAAACAGACGAUGAAUCUGUGGCUGAAUCUUUUCAUAAGAAUGAACAUAAACAUACAUGUUCUUGUCGUCUGAAGUGUAAUUUGGCUAUGAUUGGUGAUGGAGUUGAAGUUGUAGAUUGUCCCUGCUUUCAAUCCAAUUGUUUUUGCUAUAAAGAAGACAAGAACGAAGAUAAUGAGAGUGUAUCAGGUCAGAUGUGGGUGAUUUGCUAUCCCAAGGCGGCUAUUCCGGAAAGGUUUUGCUCUGAUCAAUGGACUCACAGUAAGUUUACCUUUUACGACUUUUACAUUAAUUCUGAGAAAGCCUUGAAAGUAAAGGAGUGUGGAGUCCGCCUUAUAUACUCCCAAGACCUUCAACAAAGCCAUGAGGAUGCAGAUGUUAGAAUAUGCAGGGCAUGCAGACGGGAUGGGACGCUUCGACGGAAGUGCUGUUUUAAGGGCAGUGAUAUGAAUGAAGUACCCAUCAUCGAGAAUCCCUUGGAACUUGAUAGUUUAUGUCUGCGGAAUUGCAAAAAUCUUACGAGUCUGCCCAGUAGCAUUUUUGGUUUCAAAUCCCUUGCAACUCUCACCUGCUCUGGCUGUUCACAACUAGAGAGCUUUCCAGAAAUCCUGCAAGAUAUGGAGAGCUUGAGAAACCUUUAUUUAGAUGGAACCGCCAUAAGAGAGAUACCAUCAUCAAUUCAACGUCUAAGAGGGCUUCAAUCUUUGUUUCUGUCACGAUGCAAAAAUCUUGUGAAUCUUCCCGAGAGUAUUUGUAAUUUGACAUCUCUUAAAACUCUCGUUGUCAGUCACUGUCCAAACUUCAACAAAUUGCCAGACAACUUGGGGAGACUGCAAUCGUUACUUCAUAUUAGUGUUGAGCAUUUAGAUUCAAUGAAUUUUCCAUUGCCGUCUUUGUCCGGUUUAUGCUCCUUGAGGACAUUAAAGCUUGAAGGCUGCAAUCUAAGGGAAUUUCCCAGUGAAAUUUAUUACCUAUCAUCACUGGUAACAUUAUCUCUGAGGGGGAACCACUUUAGUCGCAUACCUGAUGGGAUCAGUCAACUUUAUAACCUAGAAGAUCUUGACUUGGGUCACUGCAAGAUGCUUCAACAUAUUCCAGAACUUCCAUCAGGUUUAUUUUGUCUAGAUGCCCAUCACUGCACAUCCCUGGAAAAUUUAUCCAGUCGAUCAAAUCUACUCUGGUCUUCUUUAUUCAAAUGUUUUAAAUCCAAAAUUCAGGCGCGUGACUUUAGAAGACCUGUCAGAACUUUUAUUGCUGAAAGAAAUGGGAUUCUGGAGUGGAUAUGCCAUCAGAAAAGCGGGUUCAAAAUAACAAUGGAACUUCCCUGGAGUUGGUAUGAAAAUGAUGACUUCUUGGGCUUUGUUCUGUGCUCUCUUUAUGUUCCACUUGAGAUUGAGACCACACCACAUAGGGAUUUCCACUGUAAAUUGAAUUUCGAUGAUGACAGUUCAUAUUUUUCCUGUAAGUCUCAUCAAUUUUGUGAAUUCUGCUAUGAUGAAGAUGCAUCAAGUCAAGGGUGCUUGAUAUAUUAUCCUAAGUCAAAUAUUCCCGAGGGAUAUCACUCAAAUGAAUGGAGAACCUUGAACGCUUCAUUUAAUGUCUACUUUGGUGUUAAACCAGUGAAAGUGGCGAGGUGUGGCUUCCACUUUCUAUAUGCCCACGAUUAUGAACAGAACAAUCUCACAAUUGUACAACGUAGAAGCUGUGACACCAGUUCAGCAGUAGAAGAUACUAAUACUGAUGUGGAGAGAAGCUGUGAUGGCACCACCCUGAAUAUUGAUGGUAAUGGUGUUGAUGCCCAAGACCAUGAAAUGGACCAUAUGCACAGAUGGCUGGAGCUUCUUUGCAAAUUUGUUCAUUGGAUAUGCUGUACAAGACACUAAUUUCAAAUUAAACAUUUUGUUGGAAAAGUUAGUACACAUCAAGCUUUGAUGGGAUAUUCCAAGCUGCUAAAUACAUAAUGUCAAAUGCCCAACCCUAUUGGUUAAGCCAUGGAUGCGGAUGCCCUUAUUAAUCAAGGCAAGUCAAAUACUUCAACCCAAUUUGAGAUUUUGAUUAAAGUGAUGCCAAUUUAAACUCACACUUUUGCUCUAUUCAUAAUUCUUGGUGUAAAGAGAUAGAAUCUCCUUUAAGAUGGGAAAUAAUAUUUCAAUUUCAAGUA